AUGUUCGAAUGCAGCACCUGUACCGAAGAAUUCUGGGAUCAGGAUGACUGCGAUGACCAUAUGGAUUACCAACGUCACUGGAUUGAGUGUGAAACAUGUAGUCGAACGUUCCGUACACAGAUCGCUUGCAAUCAGCAUAUGAAUGCUGUGAACCACUGGGCGCCGACCUUUGAAUGCGAGACAUGCACUAGCACCUUCUAUAGUCAACACGCCGCCAACAACCACAUGAACGCGAAGAAUCAUUGGCUCCCGACCGUUGCAUGCGAGACGUGCCCAAGCAAAUUCCACUCGGAGCAGGCUGCGGAGAAUCACAUGAGAGCCAAGGGACAUUACAGGAACUACUGCCAAGCAUGUAGGCGUAGGUUUAUGAACGAGAACUGUUUGCGCCAGCACCUGAAUUCCCGGAUCCACCGCGGCACCAAUAUUGCGUGUCCAUUCUGUCAGACUGGCUUUGUCACUGCUAGUGGUGCCUCACAUCAUCUUGAGAGUGGGUCCUGCCCUCAAGCUCAAAUCUUGAACCGCGACAGCAUCCACCAAAUUAUUCAACAGCUUGAUCCAAAUGGCAUUGUAUGCAAGAAGCAGUUGGGGUGGCACGAUGAACAGAACUCGACCUAUUCCGUUACCGACAGUGCCUGGAAUGGUAGCUGUUGGAUGUGUUACCUAUGCAAAAGGGGGUUCAACUCGAGAAAAGCGCUGCAAUUGCAUGUUAACUCGCCUGUGCAUAAGGAGAAGGUCUACCACUGCCUCAAGCGCGGCUGUCCAAAGGAGUUCCACUCGUUAGCUGGUCUGUUCAACCACCUGGAGAGUGAAUCGUGCGGAUUCAUGCGGUUCGAGGGAGUUCAACAGGUUCAUAAUCAGUUCAACGACGCUAUCCUGAACCGUCGGAGAAUUACAGGAUUCUAG